AUGGGUGAUGUAUACGACGAUAUGCCUCCGCUCGUCGAGCGGCCUCUGGCUCCUCCUCCUCCAUCAACCUUCCUCCUACCUCCCAUCGACGACAAUGACGACGACCUUCCUCCUCUUGUCGAGCGCCCGGCCCUUCCCGCUGAUGGCGACCUACCUCCGCUCGUAGUGGAUACCAAGGCGCAAUCGCGCUGGGAGUUUAUCUCUGACGAGCCACUUGAACCUGCCACCGGCCCCAUCCGUACGGCCAAAGAAGGCAAAGAGACUACCAAUUCGGGACCACCGAAGCCGCCCAAUGCAUUCAUCCUCUUCCGCGCGUCUUUCGUCAAGGCGAACCCGGUUCCGCGCGAAGCCGAGCGUGACCACGCGACUCUCAGCAAAAUCAUUGGCCUCGUCUGGCGUGGGCUCGACAGCGACGAGAAGGUCAAAUGGGAGAAGAAGGCUGGCCAGGCGCGCGAAGAGUGGAGGGCGAAGAAUCCGGACUGGAGGUUUAGUAAGGCUGGCAACGGAUUUAUCGGAUAUACGGGCGGCGGUACCGGAAAGAAUAGCGGCGGGGGAGGCGGCGGAACGAAGGCGAAGGGUACGAGGAAGAAAAAGAAAGGCAGUCAGAAGGAGAGAUGUGAGGCCAUCGCGGGGCUCAUCGCGAAGGGCGUGAAAGAUGGUGCACUUGCGGACGCGAUACAGAACUGGGACGCCACCUCGAGCCCGAGUCCGCCGCCGGUCGAGAUGCCGCGGAAGAAGCCGAAGACCAGGACGCGCAUGGCGCCCUACGUCAAGAUGCUCAGCUUCGAUGAGGAGGUCAAACCGGAGCCCGUUGACUCUCCCAAGAAGCCGCAAAGUCUUCUCCCGGCGGCGCAUCGCGAGUCGCCUGCACCCGUCAUCGAGGCUCCUGCAACGCCAAACCAGGACUACAGCUGUGGCACCGAAGUCUCAAACGAUCUUGGCGCUCAGUACCAGUCCAUUCAAGGCUACCACUUCGGCUCUUUCAAUGUUAACUCGUCUCCUGUCAACCCUGCGACGAUUAUCGGCCCGAGCUCGCCGCCGCCUGUGGACAACGGCUAUGCGCCUCCCUCGCCCGCUACAGAUGUGUAUAGUGCGAAUGCGGCUGUCGGAUUCGAUGCCAGUAGCAUGGCUGCCACCGAUGCAGGCGGCUACUCCCCUGCGGAUGCCUACUACUCCGAUCGUCGCUCCUCAUAUGCGUCCACGUUCUCCGGCCAGGAUACACCUGUCACGCCCAACAUCUUCGGUCAAGACUCUGGCGUGUACAACGGUGGCUACUCGGGCUACAAUAACGGAUACGAUCAGACCAUUGCGUCCAACUACGCUUACAGCACCAUAUCCCCACCCGGCAGUCCUGCCGUGUUCUCCCUUCCGAAUAGCUCUCUCGACCACAACUCGAGCUACAGUACGCUCAGCGGGUGGAACGGGACUCCGACGGCGCUUACCGACGAACACCAGACUACAACGAGGCCGUAUCACACGGGCGUGUUCAACGCCAGUCCCACGCCCGCCCCAUUACAAGGCCAUACCUACGACGCCAAAGCAUACAAUGAUGUAUUUUCGACCAAGAACGCUGAGCCGGCUUCUUUCGCUACCAAACCUCUCGAGCCCGUCGUGUUCUCCGCCAAGAACGUCGAGCCCACAGUGUACAACGCCGCCGACACCAAGCAUGCUGUCUAUCCCGCAUAUCAGGCGCCGUAUACCGCAGGCGUGCAUACGUGGAAUGCAGGCGCAGGCGCGCCGUGGGCCCAGGUCGGGUACGCGUACGCAUGA